AUGGAGCAGCACCAGAAACCAGCAAUCAACGAUAAUUUCACGACUACGACGGCAUAUUUCAGUAGCGGGCUUAUGUGGCGCAGCAUUAGGAAAUAUGCAAUGUACAAUUUGCCUUACCUGUUAGUAGUUAUUCAGUGUUGGGAGACGUGUGAAUCUGGGCAAGGAUUUAAAAACUGUGUGGAGUAUGAAGAGUGGAUGAGAAUUCUACGGUUUAAUUUGGCUGCAGAAUUAAUGUUCCAAGGAGAGCGGCCAUGGUCAUUAUGCAGUUGCUGUUUAAAAGGAAGUUAUAAGGAUUUUAGUAUCAGUGAAAACAGUGGAAAAAACGGUAUUGACGAGGUGUCGGCUCGCGUUGCAUUAGUUGUUAAACCCAGCGAAAGUAACACGCAUGCGGUCCUAUGUAAGAGGGCAACGUACACAAUGCAGUUAGGCGAUGAAGAAACCGUUCUGACACCUCUUAUGUUAGUGGUUCAAGUAGGGACCGCAAUGAUUCCAUAG